UGUGCCGGGGUGAGAUGGCUGCGCCCGGAGCGCCGGUGACCGUCACCGUCACUUACAGCAACGAAAAACACAGUAUUCAGGUUGCUUCUCAACAAGAAGACGGUGAACCUACACUACAAGACAUGGCUGUACUUAUUGAACAAGUCACUGGAGUUCCAGUUCCCUUUCAGAAACUGAUAUACAAAGGAAAGUCUCUGAAAGAACUGGAACAACCAUUAUCAGCACUUGGCGUUAAAAAUGGUUGCAAAGUCAUGUUGAUUGGGAAAAGGAAUAGUCCAGAAGAAGAGGCUGAAUUAAAGAAGUUAAAAGAUUUGGAGAAGUCAGUGGAGCAAAUAGCUAAUAAGUUAGAGGAAGUUAAUAAAGAGUUCACAAGUAUCCAGAAGGGAUUUUUAGCAAAGGAGCUCCAAGCAGAAGCACUAAAACAGCUGGACAAGAGGAUAAAAGGAACUGCAGAGCAGUUCAUGAAGACCCUGGAACAGAUUGAUGCCAUUGUAAGUAACUAACCACAGAGGAGGGUCAAAUCCCAACAGAAAUUUGCUGUUAAGAAUAUCUUAUAAUUUAUUUGAUAUUUAAACAUACUAGAUAUUUUAGUUUGGCUUUGAAAAUUAGUUAGUUCCUUUGCUCAUUUUGUCAGUCACAUGUGGAUUGACUACUUUUAUCUGAGAUGUCUGCAUAUUGAGGACUGCAUCAUUUCUUUGGAAUGUACUGGGGUUAUAUCCAAGUGCUUUACAGUCAUUAAUGGAUCAUAACCUUAACAUUUCCAGAGUAUAAUAUAUGUCUUCCUGUAUCGUGUAGUAGCUGAGAGCUGGAUGAGAAUAAGGGACUUGUACAGAGGUAAAUAGAAGAUUGUCACAACCAGGGUGUUUCUUGUGAAAGUGGAGCAGCCACUAAGUAUAAUCAGUGUCCUUCAAAAUUUGUAACAGAUGUUUGUUACUUUGUUGUAUAAGAGCCUAUGACAUUAAUAAACCUCAUUUUUUUUAAGAAA